AUGCGUGCCACCUGGUUCCCGUCGGACCCCAUCACUGAGAGUGACGGCCCUACCUCGCAGGCUGAGCGCGGAUUGUCGGAGAAAGAGAAAGAGAGAAACAAGCAGACAUUCAGCACUGACCCCAAUAACCCGAAGGCUCACAAGGCUCUAAACAACGGGUUGAUUCAUCUCUACACUGUGGGCGUGAAGUCUGGGGCUGAUGGCAAACGCGUAGUGGUGGUCAUGAAGUGGAGAUCCCUCCAGGGAAAACCCACCACCCCCUACCUGUGGACCACCAUGAACAAGAACGCCCCGGCCACCCUCGGAAGCAUCAGGUACAGGAUCCACAAGAACAAGGACCACCCAGAUCCGUACGUGGCCGCCAUUCGCACAGCCAGCGCCAUCCCUCGCCGCCAGAAGCCUGUGACGGUGAAGAGGAAGCGGCCCGCCCCACCAAGAGCUCCUGAGCACCUGCCCCCCACCUCCAAAGCAAUAGAGAUGUCAACCACUUCAAAAAAAACGAACAAACAAACAAAAACAAAAAACUGCAACCCGGAGCCACUCCCGGCCAACCUGCAGCCUGAAAUAGCCAAGCCCAGCCAAGAUCAAUCAGAUCCCCACAGCCCUGCUGGACCCCGAGCAAGAAAAAUAAAUUCCCAUUAUUGUAAGCCACUGAGUUUCGGAGUGUUUGUUCCGCAGCCUUAUUGCGGCAAGAGCCGACUGUUACAAUGA